CGGUCUCCAAGAGAUUAUGAUAAAUACGUGAGCUGACGUGGUACUUGGACUUUAAUCCAAGAAUCAAUAGUCGGUUGCUAAUUUUCAUUUCAUGCCCGCGGCAAGAGGAAAUAUAGUCCCCUUCAGCUACCUAUUUCUUAACAAACAGAAACCCGAAAUUAAUCGCAAGAAACAAAAUUCACUGCAAAAUUGACAUAUAGAUUUUACACAGAAAUUUGUAGUAAUCAGUUUGCUCUCCAAAAACAACACAGAGAUUGAGAAUAUAUAAGGUAGGAGUGUUAAUUGAAUGGCAUUGCUACGGAAGUUGUUUUUUCGGAAGCCGCCAGAUGGACUUCUUGAGAUCUGUGAAAGGGUUUACGUGUUUGAUUGCUGUUUCACCACUGAUGCUUGGGAAGAACAAAAUUAUAAAGGCUAUGUGGGAGGAAUCAUUGGUCAACUUAGGGAACACUACCCUGAUGCUUCAAUCUUAGUUUUUAAUUUUCGAGAGGGGGUGACACAAAGCCAGAUGGCAAAUGCUCUGUCAGAAUAUGAUAUGACCAUAAUGGAGUAUCCACGGCACUAUGAGGGUUGUCCUUUGCUUCCAAUGGAGGUGAUCCACCAUUUUCUUAGAUCUAGUGAGAGCUGGCUUUCACUUGGUCUGCAAAAUGUACUUUUGAUGCACUGUGAACGGGGUGGUUGGCCAGUUUUGGCUUUCAUGUUGGCUGCAUUGUUGAUAUAUAGGAAGCACUAUAGUGGAGAACAGAAGACCUUGGACAUGGUUUAUAAGCAAGCUCCUCGUGAGCUUUUGCACUUUCUGUCCCCACUGAAUCCCAUUCCUUCUCAGAUAAGGUACUUGCAGUAUGUCUCUAGGAGGAAUGUUGUCUCAGAAUGGCCCCCACUAGACAGGGCACUCACCCUGGAUUGUGUCAUUAUUAGAAUGAUUCCUGAUUUUGAUGGAGAGGGUGGGUGCCGACCCGUAUUUCGUAUAUAUGGACAGGAUCCUUUUCUUGUCUCAGAUCGAGCUCCUAAGCUUCUAUUCUCAACUCCAAAAAAGAGUAAAGGUGUUCGACAUUACAGGCAGGUGGAAUGUGAAUUAGUUAAGAUUGAUAUCAAUUGCCAUAUCCAAGGUGAUGUCGUACUGGAGUGUAUCAGCUUGCAUGAUGACAUGGAGCGAGAAGAGAUGAUGUUUCGUGUCAUGUUUAACACAGCUUUUAUUAGGUCAAAUAUCUUAAUACUCAACGGGGAUGAAAUUGACAUAUUGUGGGAUGCAAAGCAUCAAUUUCCCAAGGACUUCAGAGCAGAGGUUCUUUUCUCGGAAAUGGAUGCUGUUGCUUCUAUAGUUCCUGUAGAUUUUUCCUGCUUUGAAGAUAAAGAUGGACUUCCAGUUGAGGCAUUUUCUAAGGUUCACGAAAUCUUUAGCAAUGUGGAUUGGUUAGUCCCAAAGGGGGAUGCUGCAGUUGACGUGCUCCAACAUCUAACUGCAUCAAAUAUUGUCCUCGAAAAGAUGGGAACUUACGCUCAUGUUGAAAAAGCUCAGAGUAAAUGUUCUGCUGCAUUAGAAUCUAGUUCUAUUAGCCCAAGAUCUUUUGUGUUAGAGAAGCCGUCCAGUUCUCCAAAAUCGUCCGUAAAUGCAGACGAGGGUAAAAAGCAGGCUGAGGACCAGAAUCUAAUUACUGAAAGUGGGGCAACAAUAUCACCAAGGACUACACCUAUUCCUCCCACAGAACAUUCAUUUUCCAUAAGGCCUGUGGAAUCAAGUGCUUCUCCAUCCUUGUCAGCGACACCAACUUAUCAUCUUUCAACGGGAGUAACUCUACAUUGUUCGGUCACUAAACAGUCCGACACCAAUGCACAAGAAAGUGGGAUGGCUAAAGUGGUUUCACCACUCCCUGUAACUGAGGCUUUGUCUCCGAAGACAGUUUCUUUAACUCCUACUCCACUUCGACCUCCUAAAGAUGCUGGUGUUGAUCCUGGACAGCCUUCAUCAUCUCUAUUAUCACUGCCUCCUCUUACUCCCCCAUUGAAAGAUAAGAUAGGCAUGGUAGCUUCUCCUCCUAAAAUGCCAAAUGCUUCAACUCUGCCUUUGAAGGAAGAUAUGUCUCGGCCUGGCUUAUUGAUGUCUCUUCCCUUAGCAAGUGUUCCUUUAAGCCCGAAGAGGCAUGAUAAAGCAACUGCAGACCGUCCUCCUCCAUCUCCACAUUCUUCUCCUCCUCCUUCCACUACCUCUCCAACCGAAGGUGCAGUUAAAGCCACUAGAGUUGGUCGUCCUCCAUCACCUCCACUUCCUCCAGCCAAUACUCCCUCAGAAACAGAUGUGAUUAUAAAUACUGUUGGUCCUCCAGCUUCAGAUCCAAUUCCAACCCCACCUCCACCUCCACCUCCACCUCCACCUCCUCUCUGGACAAUAUUGACGUCAACAGCAGAUGCUGUUAGAUGUACUAGAGUUGGACCUCCUCCACCACCUGCUCCCCAUUUCGCUUCUCCCAUAAUAGAAGAUGUAUCUGUUAAAAGUGCAAGUCCCGCUCCUCCUCAAUCAAAUAUAUACCCAUCUUCUCCUCCUAUCCCUCCAAAGGAUAAUUUAGCUUUUGUAGGUGGCCCUGGUCCGUGGUCCCCUCCUCCACCCCCAACCCCACCUAUAGUAGAAAAUGCAGCUACCAGAGCGGCACAUUCACCUCCUCCACCUCCUCCAAUGCCUUAUAAGGAAAGUUCCUCUAUUAGUGUAGGGCCCCCUCCACGGCCUCCAAUGGCUCCUAAGGAGAGUUCCUCUAUUAGAAGAGGCCCCCUGCCUCCUCCACCUCCUCCUCUGCAUUCUGGGCCAGGUGCAAAGGCGACAAGUUCAUCAUCAAUGUCUCCACCACCCCCUCCUCCUGCCCCGGCAUCUUUAGCACCACAUUCUGUACCUUCGGCACCAUCUCCUCCCGUCGCUCCGAAUAAAGAGGCUACUAAUUUGUCAAAUUCUUCUUCAACUAGUAAUAGUAGAGGUACUAAUUUUUCUGGGUCUCCAUCUCCUCCACCACCUUCUAUUCCUCCCCCUGGCACGAAAGGAAGAAAUUCGUUGGGACGGACUGUAACUUCAAGGAACAGUCAGACAAAGAAACUGAAGCCAUUACAUUGGUUAAAAUUAACGAGAGCAGUUCAAGGAAGCUUGUGGGCAGAGGCUCAAAAAUCUGGCGAAGCUUCAAAGCCACCAGAGAUUGAUUUUUCAGAGCUUGAAUCUCUCUUCUCAGCUGCAGUUCCAAAUUCCGAUCAAGGAGGCUCAGGAAGAAAAGGAGGUUCACGAGCUACACUGGGACAGAAAUCUGAAAAAGUGCAACUGAUAGAUCAUAGGCGUGCUUACAAUUGUGAAAUUAUGCUUUCGAAAGUAAAGAUACCAUUGCAUGACUUGAUGAAUUCAGUGCUUGCGUUGGAAGACACAGCAUUAGAUGUUGAUCAGGUCGAUAAUCUCAUCAAGUUUUGUCCAACGAAAGAGGAAAUGGAACUUCUUAAGGGUUAUAAAGGAGAGAAGGAUAAGUUAGGAAAAUGUGAACAGUUCUUCUUGGAGUUGAUGCAAGUACCACGAAUAGAAUCAAAACUGAGAGUUUUCUCAUUUAAGAUUCAGUUUCGCUCGCAGGUUUCUGACCUAAGGAGUAGUCUGAAUGUUGUAAAUUCAGCUGCUGACCAGAUCAGGGGUUCUGCUAAAUUGAAAAGAAUCAUGCAAACAAUUCUCUCUCUGGGUAAUGCUUUGAACCAGGGAACUGCGAGAGGCUCAGCAGUUGGGUUCAAGUUAGACAGCCUUCUCAAACUGACCGACACGCGUGCUAAAAACAACAAAAUGACACUCAUGCAUUAUCUUUGCAAGGUGCUUGCUGAUAAACUGCCAGAGCUUCUUGAUUUCUGGAAAGACCUUUCUGACUUGGAACCUGCAUCAAAGAUCCAAUUGAGAUUUUUGGCGGAAGAAAUGCAAGCAGUUAGCAAAGGACUGGAAAAAAUUGUGCAGGAAUUGUCCAUGUCUGAAAAUGAUGGUAGUGUGUCAGAAAAUUUUCGUAAGGCCUUGAAGGAAUUUCUUUGUUUUGCUGAAGGUGAAGUAAGGUCCUUGGCUUCACUUUAUUCUGCAGUGGGUAGAAAUGUGGAUGCCUUGAUUCUUUACUUUGGAGAAGACCCAUCACGCUGCCAAUUUGAACAAGUGAUUUCAACUCUGUUCAACUUUGUGAGAAUGUUCAAGAAAGCCCAUGAAGAAAAUUGCAAGCAGCUGGAGUUAGAGAAAAAGAAAGCAGAGAAGGAAGCUGUAACUGAGAAGCUGAAGAUAAAUGCUUCAGAAAAGGAAAUUGGACACUCGAUACAUUCUCAAGUCAAAAGUAUCAAGUAACCAAAUCUUCGAUAUGACAACAGUAGCCUAUUUGGCAUCAACUGAAGAUAAAAUUAUUGUCACCAGCUUUCUCAUACCCUUACUAGAUAUUAUUGGGUAUUAGAAAAAUGUUCUUGUUGAUGGUGAAAGUGGUAAAGGAUACAUAUCUUGCUAUGUUGGAAGUUUGGAGCAGGAGAAAUGGGCGAUGGAAUAUCUGGACAAUGUUGGAUACCUAUCUAGAAAGGUACAUCUUUGAAAUUUGUCAUUCUAUUAUAGUUUUUGUUUUAAAUCAGAACUUAUCUAUGACAAGGAAGUUAGUUAAUUCCAGUGUAAUUGGUGUCAAUUUUUCGGUAGAAUCUGGGGACGCCAAGUUUGUUCGUGUCAUUAUCUUGUAUAUAUUUUGUUAGCGAAAGAAUGAAAAUGUAAGAUAUUUUGACAGAAGGAUGUGGUAUUCCUUUUCCUUUAAAGAUUCAGUACAUUUUUUUUAUCAACUUGGAUUUGUUUCCAGCCA